UGGGGUGGGGGUGGAGGGGUGCUGUCCAGCUCCCCUUACUCUUUGGGGCCUCUCAGCACGGCCCCCCACCAUCAUCCCCACCCCCCGGCCAACUGGAGGACACACAGCAGCCCUGGGGAGAGAGUGGAGGGGUGAUGUUCAUCUCCACUUACUCUUUGGGGCCUCUCGGCACAGCUCCCCACCACCAUCCCCACCCCCAGCCAGCUGGAAGACACUUGGGACUCCGAGAAGGUGAGCUCUGGGGGAUCAUCAUAAACCCUGAGCCUGCGGCAAAGCUGACCCCCGGAAGUAGCCACGGGAUCCGUUUGUAGGAACCACGUGCUUUCCUGCUUUCUCAAAGGUUCGAACCAGACUGCCACCGGCAGCCGAUUGAUCCCGUGACUCCCGCCCGCCCAGGGGUGCAGAGUCGGUUGGCCUCGGGCCACCAGCGGGGGAGCAGGAGGACCAAAGCCAACGAGCCCAGCAUGACAUCUCUCACAAAAGAUCCCAGCCAGGAAGAUCCGGCCGCCGUCCCCGAGGAGCAGCCCAAGGGGAAGUCAUUCUUUGGCUUCCUUACGCACCGCAGUGAAAAACUGGUCCUCUCCCGAAGCGACAGCGCCCCGGAAGAAAAUGUCUUGAAGAUCACCAUCACCGAGACAACAGUCAUCGAGUCCGACUCGGGGAUAUGGAACUCACACGCCCUUCUCUACCUCGUUUUGUGGUUCUUCUUCAGCUUCUGCACCCUGUUUCUCAACAAGUACAUCCUCUCCCUGCUGGAAGGGGAGCCCAGCAUGCUCGGUGCCGUUCAAAUGCUUUCCACCACCUUCAUCGGCUGUAUUAAAAUUUUUGUUCCCUGCUGUUUAUACCAACACAAAACCCGGAUAGCGUACCCGCCCAAUUUCAUUAUGAUCAUGCUCUUCGUGGGCCUUAUGAGGUUCGCCACAGUGGUCCUAGGCCUGGUGAGCUUGAAGAACGUGGCCGUUUCGUUCGCCGAGACAGUGAAGAGCUCAGCCCCGAUCUUUACCGUCAUCAUGUCCAGGAUGAUCCUUGGCGAAUACACUGGUCUGCUGGUGAAUCUCUCCCUCAUUCCCGUCAUGGGAGGGCUGGCCCUCUGCACAGCUACGGAGCUCAGCUUCAACGUCCUGGGUUUCUCGGCUGCGCUGUCUACCAACAUCAUGGACUGUGCCCCGGAACUCCAGUUCUACACCAGUGCGGCGGCAGUCAUCAUGCUAAUUCCAGCGUGGAUCUUUUUCAUGGAUGUGCCCGUGAUUGGCAAGAGUGGGAAGAGCUUCAGCUACAGUCAGGACAUCAUCCUGCUGCUCCUGAUUGACGGUGCCUUGUUCCACCUCCAGAGCGUCACCGCCUACGCCUUGAUGGGAAAGAUCUCACCGGUCACGUUCAGUGUGGCCAGUACUGUGAAGCACGCCUUGUCCAUCUGGCUGAGUAUCAUCAUUUUCGGGAACAAAAUCACCAGCCUGUCAGCCGUCGGGACGGUCCUGGUGACCAUCGGCGUCCUGCUGUACAAUAAGGCUAAACAGCAUCAGCAAGAGGCCAUCCAAAAACUCCUCGGGACCACCAGCCAGAGCCCCACUGACGACGCCGAGCCACUGAUUUCCAAGGACCCGAAACCUUAUCGUUGACGUCAUCUAGGGAGCUUGUUCAGCCGCCCGCCGGAAGGCUCCUUAGCUACUCCUUCCCUCCCCUAUGGGGCUGCUCUCCAGGCGGCAGGCAGGCCUGCCCCUCCUGCACCCAUUGCUCCUUUGGAUCUGAAGAAAGGUCAAAGGGAGUGAGUGAGUGAGGGUCAGGCAGGGAGCCGAGCUCCGCCGACUGGAACUAGAGGGACAGGCCGCAGGCUGAAAAGGUUUCCGAUCCUUUCAUCUCUGAGAUUAAAACCACUGCCCCCUGCCCAGCAUGAGGAGCCUCUACACCUUGACAUCCAGAAAGGGAGUUGACCCCCCCUGCCACUGGAGAGCACCCCUUCACCAAAAUAAUGUGAAACAAGCCAUCUGCCCCAUCCCCUGGUGGAAGGAAGGGGCAGGAAAUGGACCCUCUCCCCUGACACACACAUGGCUCCCGCGGCUUCCCACAGGAGUGAGCACAGAGUUGCAGCAUUUGGGCAAUCACGGCCAAAUCACCAAGGAUUCGCCCAAGAUUAAGGGGCUCUGUGGCCAGAGCCAGGCCGUGGGAAUCCCUGCCUGGACACUGGUGAGAGAAGGAGAGCAGAGGAGACCGAGGCCAAGCCUGGCAUUCUUAAUCCCCGACCCUGAGACAACCAGGCAGGCCUGGGUGGGCUUCAAAUUGCUGCAGAAUAGGAAAGCCCAGCCCCCUACCUGCGCCUCUCCCCCAACCUCCCCUUUCAUCCCCCCACAGCUGUGACUCCAUUUUUCUCAGUGACACUCGGCCCCACAGUCCAGGCUGACGAGGGAGUGGUUUCCGCAUGUGGGGCCAGGGAAGAACAGUGAACUUCCUCAAGCGGCUGCCUGCACACUUUGGGGACUCCCAAGUCACUAAAAAUCAGACUAAUCAAAACGCCCUCGUGGAGCCAACGCAGAGGUUUGCCUGCUGUCGGUUAGAAAGGCCCAGCCUACCUCCCGGAUGAGUGCAGCUGGGACAACGGGGCCAAAUAUUCGGGUUCACGGAUCUGGAGAGGUAAGGUGGGUUGCUGCACCAUGGCAGAGGAGACCCCCACCCUCUUUCCUCCUCCUGCUAUCCAACUCCCCCUCUUCCUGUGGGCACAGUCGGGUGCCUUGUCCAGCGUCUCGGAAAUGUGUGUCCUCUUCACCUACCACACUCCCCUGCCACCCCGCUCCUGGCUCCUGCCCCCCAAGGACCAUCUAGAAUGGGAUAGGGGGUGGCUUUCCCUGGGCUGAUUCCACAUCCCCCGUGUGCAAUAACAAAGGGAAACCUCUUCCCCUUCCAUUUUGGCAAUCUUCCACCCUGACCCCUUGUUGUACCCCGUGGUGGGAUGGUAACCCGGCAGCUAGCAUAGAAGGGCCAUCGGGGAGCGCCAGGAGCAUCGCCCGAGCCGAAUGGAUGACGGAGGACAGUUUUCUCCUCCUCCUUUUUCCACAACUCUGGUGGGUUUAGAUCCAAAUGGCUGGGGCCGUAGCUCACUUCGUGUUCUUAAUCGUUUCUUUGUGGUUCAGCAUAGCAGAUGUGAAACCGCUUUUGGAGGUUUUCUCCUUUGCGUAGCUCCUUGGGGCCUGCUGCCCCAUCCCCCUGCUCUCCCUGGACAAGAGGACUGAGCCUUCUUUCCCAAGCCAGGACAGGAGAGCCACUGUUUCCUGCCCAGAACUUCUCCAGAGAGGAGAGCAAUUCCCCCAGGGAAUCAACUAGACUCUCACUAGCCAGGGAUCUCCCUAGGCACUCCACCACCAUCCCAUGCCUCUUGACAUCCCCUGCUCAAGGACUGGCCCAGGCCCCUUGAGCGGCAGGGAAGGGCUCUGAUUAUAUCCUGCUGCCUCUUCCUCGCCUCUGUUCCCAAGACUAACAAUUCAAUGGGUCUCUUUUAAAGCAAGGUGAAAACCGAGUAGCACAUCCCUUGAUCCAAGUGAGUUAGAAACCAGCUGUGGCUAUUCGUCUUUCCCCUGGUAGCGGUAGUCCAACCUUGCUGAUACCCUGCCCAGAGCUCUUUGGGCAGCCACUGUGAGAAUGGGGUUGACUGAGGGAAUAGGAGCAGGUGCAGCUAAGGGAGAGAUCUGGGCGGGCACCCAGACCACGGGGGUCUCCACAGGUUGAGGAGCCCAUGGCUUCUUCCUCAGAAUUGGGGUUUCCAGGAGAGCCUGACCCCCAAAAAAAGGGUGGGGAGGAAGGAAUUUGGGCCGUAUUCCCUCUCUGGCCAGGGUGGAUGUCCCUGGGAUUUUUUAGUCCAGCAGUGCUGGGGUCUGAUCAUCCCAUUGGAGCCCAGAGGAUGGGUAGUGGUGAGGGGUCCCCAUUGGCAGGGAGGGGCCAAGCGAGUUCUUCUAAGACAUCUUGUCCUGCCAAACUGAUUCCGUGUGAAAUGGCUCAACCACCCAGGGGCCGGAGUGGCAGGCCAAACCCGAGAUUUAUGGUCUCUGUGGCCAAGCCUUGGCUCUGGGGAUCCUGGUCACGAUACUGGUAAGGGAGAGAGAGAGGAGAAGACAGCAAGGCCAUGUCUGGCAGUUGUAAUCCCCAGAAGACAGCCAGGCGGACUUGGGUGGGCCUCUUCUUGCUCCAUAAAAGAGAAGAAGAGCCUCGAUCUGGCCCGGCCCCCGCUUCCCCUUCCAUAACCACCACAGCCGAGAUUCCGUUUUCUCACUGUCAGUCAGACUGGGCUCCCACAAUGCUUUUGCUGUUUUCCUUUCUCCUGGAAAUCUAAACCUCUAAACCUCCUGCCCCUGAAGCUUCCAUCUAGCCACCAUGAAAAGCAAUAAUCAGGUCUCUUGGAGACUGACCUAAGGGUGACAGAAGUGAGUGGGGAGGUUGGUUCCUUGAUCCCAGGGAGAGGCCCUUGGGGAUUCACCGAGAAUUUUCAGUGUUCAAACUUCCUGAGGGAUACACCAGUCAUGGGGGUAUAUUCUCCCAAGCUGCUGGUCCCCCUCCAACCUCCCCUCCCCAGAGAAGCCGGGACUAGAGAUCCAGAGCGCAGGGUCCAGUGGCCUUCUUGCCAUCUUCUGUGGCCGGGUGGAGCUAGGGUCCCAGAACGCAUUGUCCCGGGAGAUCUCUCCCUCUCCUGCUGCUCCUGGAGUCCCCAGUUGGUGCCGUGUGGUCUUACUAACUGUGUACCGCACCUGGAUAGAGAACAAGUUCCCUUUAGCAGGUACCCAGGGAAGCAGUCACCCAGGUGGGUUCAGCUGAUGCUGAGACCUCUACUGCCUCUGGGUUGGUGUCCCUCGUUGUAGGGCAAACCCAGACCGGUCAUCCAGCCACAAGAGGCUCCGGGCCUACAGAGAUUCAGUCACGUGUCUCUGCAGAGACUGGGGAGGGAAGUCUCACUUCACUAUGACAGAAACAGUUUGGCUUGGGACUCCAGAGGCUCAGCAUCUUCCCCAUUACCCCUGCAUCCCAGCAACAACAAGCCAACCCCACGGCACUGCCCCGUAAAAGAUGCCUGGGCAUUUGACACGAAACGUGCUGCCCCAGGAGCUGAAGAGCUGUGAUACAGCACCCACUCAGUGGCUGAUGGGCACCCUCCAUUUCCUGGCAUGAUUCAUUUGUUUUCUGGGUGACGGGUGGGGGUAUGUGUCCCCAGAGGCACCACAGACCCAAAGACCCCCUCCCAAAACUUUCAUGGCACCUCUGUGGUUAGGUGGCAGAGCGAGUGUAGUGGACCCACUUUCUGCCUCCGAUGCUUGUCAGGGGGUCCACGUGGCAAUGUUAGCCCAGCAGGAGUGCAGAAGUAGCACCAGCAGGCUUUAGUGGAUGCUGGGCCAGUGGAGAGGCCACAGGAUGGGAGAGGAGAGUUCUGGUGUGGGGAAGAAGUGCCCAUGGCAACAGCAUAACCCUCCUAAACUCCCACUGGGCCACUUCCAGGAUUCAGGGUACUAGGCAGUUUCUCAGAGAGCUGUAGGCCCGGGUCAGCAGGUAACCUCCCACUAGUCCUCUCCUCGUCUGUUCUUCCAUGAUCCUGUCCUCCUGGAUCCAGACUCACAUCAUCUCGAGGCCAGAGGAAGGGAACAGUAAAAGAAACCCAAAAAGGGUCUCAGCAAUCCCAAAUUGAAAACAGAAGCCUUUUGACUUCUUCAGGCCUUAUUGAAAGAUGUCAGUGUGGGCUCAACCUGAACAGAGCUUGCUGGGGACCACGGUGGCAAAUGCAUUCUCCAGUCCUCUGUCUGGGGAAGAAGAACAGGGCAGUUGUAUCUGUCCGAGUAAAAAUGUGAUGUGGGACCUGAGUGUACAUUGUUCGGUCUUCCUGAGGAAUGAAAGGUGAAAUGAAGGUGGAAACAUGCUGGCGUCCCUCAGACCAGCACUGUACCAGGGGCUCAGUUCCUCCCUUCUAGAGCUGCUGCUUUUCCACUCUGGGGUUUUUCUCCCUGCCAGUGACCAAUGUAGGAAGAUUAAAAUCCUCACAGCCCAGCCUCUCCUUUCUCCCGAGGGCGGUGAAUGGACGCUAAAAGUUCAUUAUCGUUGGGUGUAGAGGCCCAGAACAUAGAAUCUGCCCCGUCUUCUCCAAGCUGGGAGUGAGGGAGGAACAUAGGGAGCUAGGUCCUGGCUCCCCUUCUCCAGUUCUGAGCUGGCGAUGGAGUAGGGAGGGCUUGGCCAUGUGCCCAGUGUCUAAUAAAUGCCUCUUCUGCCUGUCAGUGUUUUGGAUCAAACAGCAGCCAAGGGGGAGGGAUAUGGUCCUUCCGGGCUGCCGCACCUGGAGAGGGUGUCCGUGAGCUGAGCCAAGAGUGCAUUUGGAAGCGUCGAGGAAGGAACCUGUCUUGUGGCUGGUGUUCGUGGCCCAAGGGGCAGAGUGGGGAGGUGGCGAGGUGCCAGACGCCGAUCUCGAAAGAUGGAGUCAAUGCCUGUGAGGGUGCUGAGCACCUGGUAGGCCGGAGUCUUGCACCUGCUUCAUUUCCAUUCCCUCUAUGACCCAUGUGGUAGGUGGGAGUCCCGGUCCCUGUCCCUCCUCCUGCCCCCUCACCAUCUGGGACAGGAGGAGAGGCAGGCCUGGUUGCAGCGAGCAAGUUGAAGGACAGCCCUCCGAGAGAAAAUAAAAAGCCACUUAAAAAUAUGCCCCCAUAUUUUCAGAGAAACACAGCCACACACUGGAGCCAAGAGGUCAGACGCAUCCUGGAGACCCACCAGCCACAAAGUGGCACAAACCCACGCAGGAUGGCUUGGUCAUUGUUGGGAUCCAGAGGCCACAGCCCGGCACAAAAGGGAGGAAAGGAAUGGAACGGACCAAGCAUCCCCCACUCCCCCACCCCUCACAAACGGCAACUCCCCUCCUGAUGGUGAAUGUCAAACUUGCCAUUUCCAGUAACUCGAAAGUAGUUCCAGUAACUGUUCUUUCACCAGAGCCAAAUCUUACAUGUGUUUUUGGACCAAACCGAAAAGUGUCGAUCGAAAAUACCCCGCACGUUCCGUGGGAGAACUCCUGUGUGUUUUGUACGUCCACUGUUGCAGUAUUUAUGAAACGGGGGAGAAAGCUCCCCUGCUUUCUAUCAACUGUUUCCAGGGUAGAUGCUAAUUUACCCACCCAGUUGAUUCCACUGUGGCCAUAGACUGACACUGUAGAAUGAAUCCUGUGGAUACUUCAUGGUUAUUUCUGUGUUGGAGCUGGGCAGGCAGCAUGGCUUCUGCCUGGGCUGGUGGAUCUGUAAAAGAAAAUAAAGUAUAUGUCUCAUUCUUU